CAUUAACAACAUGUACCCUGUGCAUAAAAUGUUGUACUAAAGAUUAUACUCCUAUCUUGCUACAUCAUCUUUUUUCCCCUCUGCUUCUUUUCAUAUUUGUAACACUGUUUUCUUUGUUUGUUCAGUGUUAUCAAAAAAACAUGCAAAGAUCUUCUGCACUUUCUUGUUCUUCAAACACUAUCUCUGCUCUCUUCUCUACUCAAAAACUAAUAACACUUCCCUUUCCAAAUCCAAGAAUUGUUUUUUUGGAGAAUCCAUCAACCUUCAAGAUUUUCCAUUUUCAACAAAACAACACAACCCCUUUGCUUCACUGCACUGCUACGGAGGAGAUCUUGGAGGCUAAUGAGACAGAGGGAUUAUUUGUUCAAACUGGGUACAUAUAUAGUGUUCAUGGGCUUCAAGGAGAGGUUCGGGUAAAAGCUACGACUGAUUUCCCUGAAUUGCGAUUUUCCAAGCCAGGAAGGCGAUGGUUGAGGCAGCAAGUUUCAGGGAGAGAUAUGGUUCAAGAAAUCGAACUAAUUGAGGGAAGAGGUCAUCCAGGACAGAAGAGUUGGAUACUUAAAUUCCAUGAGAUCGACACAAUAGAGCAGGCACAAAAACUUGUGGGUUCGGCCUUACUGGUGAAGGAUGAAGAUAGACCCGUCCUGGAGGAAAGUGAAUUUUACACCGCUGACCUUGUUGGGAUGAGAGUUUUUCUAAAGAAAACUAGAGAACUGGUAGGAACUGUUAUUAAUGUUUUUAACAGUGGAGCUAGUGAUCUCCUACAUGUUGAGCUUCUACCAGAUCGAAAUGCAAAACCACGGUUGGAAGGAGGUGCAUCUGGUCCUCUUGUAUGGGUCCCCUUCGUCGAAGCAAUUGUUCCGAAUGUUGAUUUGAGUAAAAGGGAAAUGCUGAUUACACCUCCAAAGGGUCUUUUAGAGUUAAACGUCCGUGCGGAUGACAGGUCCAAGAAAGAGAGGCGACAACUUGAAUGGAAAGAGAGAAAAAAGUUUCAGAAACGCCUUAUAGCAGCCAAGAAAAUACUGCAUGAAAUGGAACAAGAUCAUAUAUUUCACGGUUUCAGAUAUGGAGAGAAAAACCAAAGGAGCUUCCUUGCAAAUCAGAUUGUUGAUGUAAACUCCGUGUUGCUUAAGCAUGCAUUGCAGAGCAAAAAGAUUCCAUAUAAGAGAUGGAGCUUCCCAGACUUUGUUAAUGCUUUACAAGAAAACAAUACAUUAAAACUAUCAAAAGAGUUCUUUUCUAAAGAAAAUGUCGAGCACUCAAGCAUUGAUUCUAAAAUUCAAGAGCAGGGUCACUGCCUGAUAUCUUCUGGCAAGGUUGCGAUCGUUUUAGCUUUGGCAGAAAGCAAGCUGCUUGGAACAUCUUCUAUUCCUGAACCUGAUUGGCCUCAUAAUAAUGAGGAGAUUUCUUAUCUGCAUGUCAAGGCAUUGCUAGAUGACAGCCACAGACUGCUUAAGAUGGAGGACCGGCCCUCUGUACCUCUUAUAUUGGUGUGUCCAGCUGAAUCUAUUGAAUAUCUCAAACAAUUGUUCAUGGAUCAUGACUACUUCUCUUUCGACUCUGAGAAGGUUUGGUUCUUGGAAGAAGAGAAGCUCCCUGUUGUCGGCACUUCACAGGAAGAAGAAAACAAACAUAAAAUUUUGAUGAAAUCACCAUGGGAGAUGCUCCAAAGACCGGCUGGAUCUGCAGGAAUUUUUACGCUGCUAUCAUCACAGAACCUAGUAGAUCAUUUACAUGUGAUGGGCGUGGAGUAUAUACAGGUAUGCUCGGGCAAUCAAGAAUUCGUAAAUGGGGAGAUGCUACUUGGUUUUGCCAAGUCUCGUGAAGCCAAUGCGGGGAUCCUAGUCUUCAGGGAUGCUGGCUACUUGGAGGAACAGUUCAACGUGGUAUUUUCCAUCGAUUUUGCAAAGAAGUUGACUAAGAAGACAGACAAGCUUCCGUUUGAAGCCAUUUUAAAGUCAAAUCAGCAUGUGGAGAUGGUAGAAAAAGACUGGGUUGAUGUCGUCCCCUCCUCACCCAACUCAUAUGAGUUUCAUUCUUCAAUUUAUAGCUGCUUGAAUGCUUGUCCUCCUAGUAAGGUUUGUUUGGUGGACAUUAUUGCAUGAUGGCAAUAUUUGCACACAUUUUGUAUAUGACCAUCAACUUAGCCACAAAAGCAUAGAAGAUCUUUUAACAAUACAAGUAUCUUUGUUCAAGCUUUGGUGGACGAAGUUAUCCCUACUCAUGCUGGUCUGUUGGAAUUACACAAAGUGCACGCAGGCUGACCUAGACACCACAAAAGAGUAUAAUCUACCUUCCAUUUCAAAACAUUAAAUUUGUCAUAGUUUGUAUAUGGACUCCAAUCUACCUUUCCUUAACUAGUCCAUGACUGUGUGAGGGUUAAUAUAUGAAGACUUGUUUUUUUAAUAAGAAACAGUAAUUUUCCCUACA